UCUCUCUCUCUCUCUCUCCCUCUCACGACUUGCGGCGGCGGCGGAGGACCCGACGGCCCUAGCUCGGGCGAGGCGGCGGCGGUGGUUUGGCGAUGCGCGGCGGCGGCGGUGGCGCUGGGCGGCGGCUCUGGUUCGGCGACACGUGGCGCCGGGCUGCGGCUCAGCGGUGCGUGGCGGCGGCGGCGGUGCGGUGGCGAAGCGGCGAGGUGGUGCGGCGGCGCGUGGCAGCGGCGACGCUGGGCGGUGGCUCAGCGAUGCGUGGCGGCGGCGAGGUGGUGCGGCGGCGGUACCCCCAUCCUCCUCCCCCUUCUUUCUCCCCUCCUCCCCCUUCCCGAUCCGGUUUUUCUUGCAGCGAGGUGGUUCCAACGGCGAGCGGCAGUUCGGCGGCCUGCAUCCUCGACCGCGAGGAGGAGGUGAGCGGCGGCGCCGCGGCCUCAAUCCCCGUCCGCCUGGCGCCGGAUCCGUCGUCCUCAACUGCCGGGCGUCGUCUCCUCCGUCCGCCGGCUGCGUCCCCAACUGCCGGGUGCAGAUCCGCCCGUACGCCGCUUCCCGGGUGCAGAAGGCGAAGAGGGCGGCGUCGAGCAGCAAUGGGGACGAGGUCGCCUCCAGACCGAGCUCAAGAAGGUCCAGCAUGCCAAGGAGUUCAAGCCCAUCGUGAUUAUUCCUCUUGUGAAGGCAUUGAUCGAGAAAGACAAGGAAGGAGAGAAGAAGAAGGGCACCUUCGUUUUUUUUUUGUUGCUCGUCAGGUGUUUGAUGAAUUGCUUGCUUGCCAUGGCUGUUUUAUGUGUGAUAUGUUCAUAAAGACUUUUAUCUGUGAUGAAAUGUUCUAGAUUUUUGUGUGUGAUGAAUGCGAUGGCAACUACCCAGAAAUACUUUUUUUUUGUUUUUUUUCAUCGGAAUCUACAUCAGUGACGGGUGUUGAGCUGUGGUUGUGGCUCUUUUUUGCUUUUUUUUUUGGGGUGAUUUUUCUCAUAUGUGACGGGUCACAUGAUACAACUCGUCAGAGGGGAAUGACACCUCUGACGGACCUCCACCCGUCAAAGAUGACUUGAGUCAUCAGUGACCACUGAUCUGUGACGAGGGGGUGUAUCCGUCACAGAUGAGAGUUUGAGCCCGUCACUGCUAACUUGUUCUGCUGUAGUGAACCAAGCAAAUUGCGUUUA